AUGGUUUUUUCUAUGUUGCAUUCUGUGUCUUCAAAGUCUGACCAUGUAUCAAAUGAAGAUGAAAGACCUGCAACACCUGGAUCACAUCCUAUCGAACUAUCAAUUAAUAUCGAAUCACCGCCGUGUGUCAUGUAUGGAAACGCUACAGAAUCAUCUGGUGCUCUAUUGUCUGGGUUAUUGAAUUUAAAAGUUAAAGAUCCUUAUAAGAAUAAUGGUUCUAUAGGAAGAUCAAAUUUAGGAAACAAUAAUAUAUUAAAUGUCAAUACGUCGGCUUCACUGAACUCAAGCUCUUCACAGUCUGGUUCUAUUAAUAUUUCCAGCACAAAGAGGAAAAGUGGACUUUUUACAACCUUUUCAAGUUUGUCAGCAUCUACUUCUAAUAACCAGUCAAUUAAUACUAUAAAUUCAACAACAUCAAAUUUUUACAAAUCUAAUUCAUCACAAAUAUCAAAUCAAAAAAUUUUAGAAGGUUAUACUAAGGUCCCAAUAGUUAAUGUAACACUUAGUUUUGUACAAACUGUUUAUUACAAUAAACCAUUUCUACCAGAUUCACAACAGAUUCAAACAUGUAAUAACUGUAGGAAAAAAAUUACAAAUAUGAAGACAUGGAAUAUCCAAACAGAGAUAAUAAAUAAAUCUGUUGGAACACAUUCAUAUCCGUUUUCUUAUUUAAUUCCAGGCUCUGUAUCUGCCACAUGCAGGUUAGGUGAACAUUCAGAGACACAAGUUAAGUAUGAAUUAAUUGCAUCUGCCUCAUAUGUAGAUCCUAAAAAUAAGAAUUUCAAUGUGAGUCGUCCAAAUAAGAAAGAUUUGAAAUUAUUGAAAUUAAUUAUGCCUAUCCCAAUUACUAGAAGUAUUCCCAGAGGACCGGAUAAGAAUUCAUUAAGAGUUUUUCCACCUACUGAAUUAACUGCUGCUGCAGUUUUACCAAAUGUUAUAUACCCAAAAUCUACAUUUCCCUUAGAGUUAAAACUUGAUGGCGUCUCUUCAGGAGAUAGAAGAUGGAGAAUGAGGAAAUUGGCGUGGAGAAUUGAGGAAACUACAAAAGUACGAGGUUAUUCAUGUUCGAAACAUAAACCAAAUUUAACGCAACUUGAAGAAGAUGUGAGAAAAAGAGAAUUAGAGAGAAGCAAGAAACCAGUACAAGCUAUUAAGAGAUAUGGUGAUAUCGGUCCACAGAUUAAAGUUACUGUUGCUUCUCCAGACAAUUUACCUAUGAAUAUUAAUAAUAUCCCAUUGUCUAAUAAUGGUUAUCCAAUUAGGAACACUAGCAGUAAUAAUGUUAAUGAAAAUCGUGAUUUGGCAGCUACUGAAACAACGACAACAAUUUCCAGGUCUGAUGUUACAAAUAAUCCAAGUUCAUCUCGGCCAUUCAGAAGGCGAAAUGCUAGGGGUAUGCAGGAUACUGAUGAUGAUGAUGAUGGAACUAAUCAAGGUGAAAAUCUCUUUAUUCAUCCUAGUGAUGAUGCAUUAAGACAAGAGAUAUUGCAACAGCAAAGAAGGAUAAGAGAGGAGCAAUUAAAGAAGGAGUUAGCUAAAAAUAACAGCAUGUUGUUCACUGAGGAGGUUAGAGUAAUUUCAAAGGGGGAAGUGAAAAAUGGUUGGAAAACAGAUUUUGAUAAUAAUGGGAAAAUUGAAUUGGUAACUGAUAUAGACUGUAUGUCAUUAAAUUCAGGGGUUGGUAAUCCUAUAAUUUUUUCUUCGACCUCAAGGCCAUACAUUGAUUCACAUAAGAAUAUUAUUAAUGUUGCAUGUGACGUUCAGGAUCCCAAUUUAGGAAUGUAUGUGUCACAUAUUCUUGCAGUAGAAAUUGUGGUAGCAGAAGAAACUUUACAGUAUGCUAACGGUCAACCAAUAAAUAAAUCUAAAAAUAGAUCACAAUCAACAUCUAAGACAUCUGCGCCUGAAAAUGAUGCUGAUCAAAGAUUAGCAGAAUUGUCUCCUUUGUUUGCUAAUAUGAAUGCCCCAAAGGCAAGACCUGUUACAGAAGAAAGUCAUUCAACUUUAAGUUUAAAGAGAAGUAUAUCAGGUGAUGGCUCAGGUUCAAAGCAUCCAAAUGGUCAAGUGAUACCUAAGAUUGUAAGUGUACCUACGGGAGCGGCUCGUGUUUUAAGAAUGCAGUUCCGUUUAAAUAUAACAGAAAGAUCAGGGCUUGGUAUAUCUUGGGAUGAAGAGGUCCCACCUAUUUAUCAAGAUGUAAAACAGGCAGCUCCGCCAACCUAUGAAACUACUGUGGCAGUUCUACCAUCGUAUACUGUGGAUGGAAACGAAGAAGCAAGAAACGUGAGUGAGCAACAAGUUAGUGGUUUGAUUGCUAUAACACCUCCACCGAUGGCACAUCACUCAUCAUCAAAUCAAGGUAGUACCUUAUCUGCAGUACAAUCCCCACAAUUAGAAAAUAUUAUUAGUGUUCAGGGUCGCAUUCCUUAUAGAAACAGUAUAUUGACACCAUCUACUACCACACAAGAUUUAGGGGUAAGAAAUAUUUCUAGUAUAUUAAAUACAGAUAGAAUUACUCAAUAA